AUGGGAGUCUUUGCAGUCUUCAAGACUUUCAUUUUGAUCCUCAACUCGCCCGAUGUAUCCAAGUCUCCUCGCUUACAAACGGGGUAUGUCACUGAGAUACUCGAAACACGCAGUGGCCUGUACGAGGAGAUUCGAGAAUUCAAGGAAGAUGCCAAGAAGGUCGCAGUGAAGAUUGCUGAUGAUAGGCUUUGUGAACAAAUCAAGAAGUUUGUCGAAGCGCCUCGAGAGAUCCAGGAACUUUGCGAAGAGGAUGCCAAAAGUGAAAAUGUCAAUCUGAUGGCGGUCAUCUUGAGAUCCCCCAAGGGCCCUAAGCUCGACAAGGCAGCCUACCAACGUAUCCAACAAGCCUCUCAAGCCUAUGAACGAUACAAGACCUACCGUGACGGACUGGAUGACCCAGCGCUUUCAAGUUCCAAAGAUAGCGAAGACGACCAACCCAACAAAGGUAGAUACACCACCAAGAAUGCCCGACAACGUCCCCCUGUACAACAGCCUGAGAUGACCAACAGCCAGGAAAGUCUUGCAGGUCCCCGACGACACACUGAACGAGAUCGACUGGGCACCGCGAGGCGCACGUGGCCGGUUUUCCUCAGGGGAUCUGUGGCAGCGGCAGCGGCAGUGGCCACAGGGCGUCAUACAUCUUCCCAAGUAGCUCGGCGUCCAGGAGUGAUCCCGCCUAUGCAAGGGGGCACCCCAUCCUUCCAGCCAAAUCCACGCCGUCAGACCACUGAAGUACCUGCACGCGGGGCCGCAAUCACUUUCCCAAAUCAUGAAAUAACCCGUACAAUUCAUGAUGACGAGCCCGUCAACAAUGAUUUUCUUGGUGAACUUGAGACAGUUUUUGAUCUGCGGGGCAGCUAUGCUGACAUGGCUGAAAACAUGGCGCUUGUCCCCCCUGCUCGGCAAUUUGCUGUUCAGGUCUAUAGUCAAAUGGCCAUGCGUCAGGCACUGGAUGCAGCUAGACAGGAGAUAGUGAGCAUUGCCCGAGCUCCCGCCCCAGCAGCAGCAGCGGGGACGAACCAAACGGCGGGUUUUCAAUAUGCACAAGUAUUUAAGGAUUUUGUCAAGAGAAAGGCUCACAAGCUUUUGACGAGCAAGAAUCUGAAGGUGUACAGUUCCGAUGUUCUGCGAGGAAGUCCAAACACUCUCAAGGGCUUGUUGACACUUGUGAUGGAAAUAAUAAACAAUCAGCCAAACCAGUUUCACACCGAUUAUCUUCCCUGUGGGUACCAUGUAGGUGAGCCGACCGCUGUGGACAGCGUAUCACGGUUUGUCCGAUGCAAGCUUAGGAACAGCCGAGGCAAAUUGAGAGACUUACUGCUCACUGGCAUCCAGGAGGUGCCGGGGAGGGACAUUAACCAUCCUGUUCCAAGCAUUUUGGCCUUGCUUGCCGAGAUGAAUUCAAGCUUGCUUCCGCCUUUGCCAAACAAUCAUGGAGGGGAAGCAGCAAAUAGACCGGACGCUCCGCGCGGUAAUCAGACCCAUCUGAAGGCUCGGCUGGCUUACUUGAAAAGAUGUGUUCGCAGUUUCUACCAACUUGUCUUGGACUUUGAUCGUGUCACCUUUGGUCACAAUACGUUUGAUGAAAUGGAUCCGGAUACAAUCAAGCUCCCUACGGAUGAGGAAGUGGAAGCCCAAAUGGCACUUGCCGAUGCCGUUAAUCCAGGUGUGGUUGCGGAUGAGGACGAUGAAGGUGGCGAGCUUUGA